CAUAUUCCCUGUUGACAUCUAGGUAAUUUAAAGAUGGUUUUGGAUGAAUUACCUUGACCAGUCUGUUUUAUAUUACCUAUUCCCAUUCCUUCCACUUUCAUGUUCUACAUGCUCAAAUCUGAAGCUCCAUACACAACAGGAAAACGAUGAAUUGACAAGAAUUGACUCAGUUAAGCUAGUAAAAUUGGAUUAUAGGUUUAUAGGUGAUUGAUUAUAAAUUUGUAGCUUCAAUGCUGACAUUGUGCUCAGGGUACGAUUAAUUUAAAUUACACAAGUUCAAAUGGAACUUUCGAAAAACCUGUUAGAAGUUAGAACUUAUUUUCAUAUUCAACUAGAUAAUAAACAUUAUUAAGAAAAAACAAAACGGAAACAGGGGAGGUUUGAGCUAGAUAAUUGUUGAGAACCGAUCUUCAACUAUGAAAAAUCUCAUAAGAAACUCAGCCUUUCUCACAUAAUAAACAAAGAAUUAAAUGAAAAAUCUCAAACUGAGAAAAUAAAACAAGUUAACCACCUUAUGGGAACUGCAAGAGACCAGCUUCCGAACCGGAACCCAAAAAAUCUCCUCCUGGAAUGUGGAUGAAGCAGCUAGUUCUGGAUGAAGAAAGGCAACAUCCAGUACGUCAGUUAAUAUAAUACUUUUUACUUGAUGAAACAAAUUUACUCGUCUUUUAUCUUAUGUUAAAAAACUGUGAUUCGUAGCGUUGGAUGCCAUUGACUGUAGAAAACUGUCAAAUUUCAUAGUAUUUAAAUUAAAUAAGAAUAAGAAUAAUUGGAAUAUUAAUUAAUAAUUUUUUUAUAAAAUAUGAUUUCAAAAAUAAAAAAUAAAAAAUAAAUUACUAAUUACAAAUUUUGAAAAAAUAAAAAGAAUAAUGUUGUGUAUAAUUUCAAACAUGUGAGACUAAUUUAAUUUAGGCUUAAAUAUGAUUUUAAUUUUUCUCUUAGUAAUUUGUUAAUUAAUUUUAAUAUUUGUAUAUAUAACAUCUGAACUUAUGUAACUUGAUUGAGACAUAACAUAAGAUGCAUCAUUAAUAAAAUUAUGAAAUUAAAAUUGUAGCUUAUAAAGUUAGAAUUUUUAAAAUUGAGAUUUAGAAUUACGAAGAAAAUCAAAGAUAAAUGUCAUAUUAUCGUUAGCUUGAAGUGAACUAAUAAAGAGAUUUUAACUAACGCAUUAUUAGUAGAGGGUACAGGGAGCAUGGCGAGCGAAGAAAAGAGCAAUGGCGUUGGUAGCAGCAUCACGAAAGGUGGGUAUGCGUAUGCGUAUGCUGGGAGACAGUUACAGUUUCAGUUUCUCAACUGAAUCACAAUCCCAUUACAGGAAGCAGAUUUCACUCGCAAAUCUCUUCAAAAAGUACGGUUUCCCCUCUUCCCUUCUUCCCUCCUUUCUCUCUCAGAACCCCUCCCUCUUCCAUUCCCCUCUUCCGCAGCUCAACAAAUCGCUCGCCACUCUCUUUUCCCUCCGAAUUCCCCAAAACGCUAUCGUUUCACUCCUCCGCGAUUGCCCCUCCAUCUUGGACUGCACCUUCCUCAAUAACUUCCAAUCGCGUCUCCCCGAAUUCAAAUCUCGCUUCCCCAAUCCUUCCCCUUCCACGCUCGUUAAUCUUUUGCAUUGUUCUAGAAGGUUCCACCUCGACCCCCUUCAUCUUUCUCACAAACUUGACUCUUUUAUGGGUUUAGGCUUUUCCCAGGCUACCGUGGUUAGGGUUUUGGAGGGGUUCCCUUCUGGCCUCGUGACGAGCGGCGGUGAAGCCGUGCGUGUCGUUGAAUUUCUUGUCGAAUUCGGGGUUCCCAGGGAUGAGAUUGAUCGUGUUGUUGGGCUGUUCCCUAGGGUUUUGGGACUUGGGGUUGAAGAUAGGUUGAAGCCCUUGAUUUGUGAGUUGAGAGGUUUGGGAUUUUCCGGGCGUGAAAUUAGGAAAGAGAUCGUGAGGGAUCCGAGGAUCCUGGGAAUGGAAAUUGGGGAAUUCUCGCGGUGUUUGCGGUUGUUAGAGACUUUGAAGUGCAGAGAAGCGAUAAAAGAGAGGGCUUUGGGGGAGCGUUUGAUGAGGGCCUGUUUUGAGGUGAAAUUGAGAGUGGAUUGUUUGUGUGGUCAUGGUUUGACUCGAAGAGAUGCAUUUAAGGUGUUGUGGAAAGAACCGAGGGUGAUCACUUAUGAUGUGGGAGAUAUUGAGAAGAAGAUUGAGUUUUUGAUGCAUAGGAUGAAAUUUAGUGUGGAUUGUUUGCUUGAUGCUCCUGAAUACUUGGGUGUGAAUUUUGAGAAGCAGAUUGUUCCCAGGUACAACGUGGUCGAGUAUUUGGAGGCAAAAGGUGCCAUUGGUUUUGAGGUUGGGUUGAAGGACCUUAUCAAGCCCUCUAGGCUUAGGUUUUACAAUCUUUAUGUCAAGCCUUACCCAGAGUGUGAAAAAAUAUAUGGGAGAUUUUCAGGGGAUCUUCAAGUUAAAAGGAAGCAUCCUCUUGGACUGUGGAAGCUCUUUAAACCGCACAAGUUUCCGGAGUCUGAUGAAGAUGUGAGGAACAUGAAGUGCUUCAUGGACUCACUGGUGUAAUGGGUCUCUCUGAUCUCUGUAAAGUGCUGGUUGGAUCUUGGUUGCGUGAUUGAUGAGUUGCCGGGCUUUGUACUAAUUUAACAAUUUUGGUUCUUUGAUUUGUUUCUUAAAUCAACUAGUAUAGGAAAUAUGUAUAUUUUCAGAAUGCCAAUGAAGUGCAUGAGAGCUGAUUUAAUACUUCCAAAAAUUAGUUAUUUCCCUUUUAUGCCUAAUUAUUUGAUGAGUACUAACAAUAGCUAUACAUGCGAUGUUCUUGAAUAAGUACGCGUGGGUUUCGUUUUACGUUGAUAUUGCGUAGACGUGUGAUGUAUAUUCAGACAUGCUAAAUAAAUGGCUAAAACGACGAUAAGGACUUUUGUUCGCAGGCUAUUAUUGAUUUCAAUUUUGAUUGUUUCGACCUUAUUCCAUUAACACACUGAAACAGAAUAUGGAACCAAGGAAGCUAGGUUUUGUUUUGUUUUUACUAAAUGGGUCUGACAGACAAGUCCAUAGAAAUAAGGGUAUUACAUUGGGGGUUAACAUGCAAUUGUGUUUCCCGAUUUCCGAAUCUUCACAGAAUAAGGUUUCCAACACAUCCUUCCAAGCACAAAUUGGAGUCGAUUUCAUACGCUUUUGAUCCAACUUCAAUUCUGAAAUUUUCUGCGCGUACAGUGACUGUUCUUCACGUUUCUUUAUCUGGAUUGUUUACAAAAUUGACAUGAAAAUGCAUUUUCUUAAUUCUCUAGUGAGAGCUUUCUGACGCUCUUUUCGGAUUGUAAAUAAGAGUUCAUUUUAUGCAUUUUCAGUUCAAUAUCGUAAGUGCCCCCACAUUUUGAAAUUUCCUAUGGAUAGUGGCUAUUUUCUAUAUUUAUGACCUGGGUUGUCCAUAAAACUAACAUAUAAUUGCAUUUCCUCCAUCAUCACAACGACCCCUUUCCAUUGCAUCCUUCUAUGCAUCGUUUGGAGAUAAUUUUACCUGCCUUUGACCCAGAGACGAAGUGUCACAAUUUUGAACUCACUUUACGUGAGCAGUAACUAUUUUUGUAUUUCUUGAUCAGACACCCGUUUUGUUGCAUUCCUCGUUGUAUAAGUUUUCCGACGAGUCUUUCCGGGCGUGAAUCAAACACUACUGCACAUGUUUAUGCUCAUUUUUGUAUG